ACGCAAUUCGGAGGUUUGAAGAUGGAGGACAGAGGAAAAUUGCAGUUGGCAGAGGCAGAGGCAGAAGAAGAUGAAAUAGUGAGAUUUCAUUUGGAAAUUAUGAAUGGAUAUCAGGACACUGUUAUACCACCGCUCUCCUAUUUCGCUCCCGAUUUUCCCAAUACUCAGAUGAACGCCAUUUGCAGAAAGAGACAAACUAACAGAGCUUCCAAGCCUCGACCUAUGACGCAGCGCAAACGAAGGGAGGAGAUGACUCAAAAAUACUCUCUCCUUCAGUCCAUGCUUCCUACUUCUGAUAAUGCCGUUAAGCAAUCAAAUGAGAAGAUUAUUGGUGAUGCAGUGAGCUACAUAAAAUACCUGGAGAAAGAGAAAAAAAAGCUGGAGGCUCUAAAGAAAUCUCAAAUGGAAGAGCAAAAUAUGGCUAAAUCAUUUUGGAGGAGAUGCAGAAAUCCUAGUUCCUUAGUGGAAGUAAAUGUGCCCAAUGGUACCAAGUUCCUUGAGAUUCAAAUGCCCUUCAGACGUGGUUCGGUGGCCAAGAUAGUGGGGGUGCUCGAAAAGCAUAAGGCUGAGGUUUUAGAGGCAAGAGUUAAUGUUAACGAGCAGCGGGUGUUGACUUUCACAGCCACAAUCGUGCUCUCAUGUGAUGGAGAUUGCAUAAACGCAUACUUAUCUACGUUGCAUUGUGAAGUCUCUAAUAUAACUUCUGCAGCUUGUGCACCACAUGAAGCCUCAACAGAUGUUAGUAGCUUCAUGCAAGUGUUUACUUUUCCAGUGAAUGAGGAAGUUCGACAUAUUGAAAAGGGCGCCAUGCCUUUUAGUAUACCUGGUAAUGUUGAGGGAGUUCGGCAGGGUUGA